AUGGAUUCUUCGAAUGGUUUGGGUCGUAUAGGCUCAUCUCCAUGCAUCUGUGGAAAUCACGGCUGCUUGGACCCUAUCGUUAAAAUCCCACGAAAUAGCACUGACUCUGCUGCGGCUUGGAACGCUGCCUAUCUUAGCAGUUCAGCUCCCAGUCUACAACACCUGAGUCACAGAAGAGAUCCCAGGGACUUGAAAUGGUACGAUAAUACGUAUGAGAACAGAAGGAAUAGUAAGGCCUUUGUAACACCCAUCUUUCGUCGCCAACUUCCUUACUUGCAGCCUCCGGGGCCGUUACCCGCAUAUAACGAGGCUAUACCACAUCAGACAUCAUAUCAACGUGAGUUCACCCCUACUAUAUCAAUGCGGGUACGCUCGGAGAAAUUGGUCAAGCCAGAGAUAUUGGACAGUCCCUUGCAUAAGUCGUUCAGUUCUGCCCAGCUGAAAACUGUUGUCAGACCUUUUACAGCCGUUCCAGUCGACUACUCUUCUGAAUACGUAAGACACCAAAAGGGUUGCACUACAAAAUCCAGUCUAUCAGUAGAACCACCUCAUACCCAGAACACAACAGUGCCCAAGAAAAAGAGCCCCUUCGACGAACUUUUCGAUAGAACUUACUUCAAGCCAUCGGGUGUUAGCGGGCCACGAGGAGCAGAAUCGGGCUUUUGGCCUGCAAGCACCAGGCGCAGACUUUAA